GGAACGACAGGGUGGGGCGCAUUUGCCUAGAGGUGCUUUGGGCUGGCUGCUCAUGGAGCAGUGACUCAUUCCCCCAGAAAGGCGGGGCGUGGCACUGGGGGACACUCGGGCUGGGCAGGGCAGCCUUGGUGGAGACAGCCUGCCUCCGCCUUACAUCCUUGGCUGGACCCCAGGAGGCUGGGCUGGGGACUGGACACCACCUCCUCCUCGUCCCCUCAGGCCCUUGGAAGAGAAGAGAGAACCUCCUGCAGGCUCCCAGCUUACACCCGGCGUGGGCUGGCGUUGGCCAGGAAGGCGGCGGAAGCCUCUCUGCCCCCCUACCCCACGACGGCUACCCCCCACCCAGGCCAGGCAUGGAUAAAUUCCGCAUGCUCUUCCAGCACUUCCAGUCCAGCUCCGAGUCGGUGAUGAACGGCGUCUGCCUGCUGCUGGCUGCGGUCACUGUCAAGCUGUACUCCUCCUUCGACUUCAACUGCCCCUGCCUGGCCCGCUACAACGCCCUCUACGGCCUGGGCCUGCUGCUCACACCCCCGCUCGCCCUCUUCCUCUGUGGCCUCCUUGCCAACCGGCAGUCCGUGGUGAUGGUGGAGGAGUGGCGCCGGCCCUCGGGACAGCGGAGGAAGGACCCGGGAGUCAUCAGGUACAUGUGCUCCUCUGUGCUGCAGAGAGCGCUGGCUGCCCCCCUCGUCUGGAUCCUGCUGGCCCUCCUUGACGGGAAGUGCUUCGUGUGUGCCUUCAGCAGCAACGUGGACCCCGAGAAGUUUCUGGACUUUGCCAACAUGACCCCCAGCCAGGUGCAGCUCUUCCUGGCCAAGGUACCCUGCAAGGAGGAUGAGCUGGUCAGGGACAGCCCUGCUCGAAAGGCAGUGUCUCGCUACCUGCGGUGCCUGUCACAGGCCAUCGGCUGGAGCAUCACCCUGGUGCUGAUCAUCGUGGCCUUCCUGGCUCGCUGCCUAAGGCCCUGCUUCGACCAGACAGUCUUCUUGCAGCGCAGAUACUGGAGCAACUACGUCGACCUGGAGCAGAAACUCUUCGACGAGACGUGCUGUGAGCAUGCGCGGGACUUCGCACACCGCUGCGUGCUGCACUUCUUCGCCAGCAUGCAGAGCGAGAUGCGGGCACGGGGGCUGCGCCGGGAUGCUGCGAGCAGGGACCCCGAGACCCCCGAGGUGCCAGAGCCCCCUGAGGGCCUGGAUGGUGGAAGGGAGAAGGCCCACCUGCGCUCAGUCUGCAGCCAGGAGCAGGUGGACCACCUCCUGAGCACCUGGUACUCCAGCAAACCGCCCCUCGACCUCAUGGCAUCCUCUGGGCUCUGGGGGGGUGGCCUCAGCCACCGCACCCCCAUGGUGGCCCCGAGUACAAGGCUGUCCCAACACACCGACGUGUAGGGACCCCGGCAGCGUCCCCAUGUGAAAUGCCCACGCUGACAAGGGUCGGGGCUUUCGAGACUGUGGGGCCCCCAAGGCAGGGCAGCCUAACCCUUGUUGGCCAUCUUCCCAAAAAUAGCCCAAUCCUGGCCUCGUUUCUGGGGUGGCCUCCUGUGCGCUCUAAAGCAGUGCUCCACAAACUGAUGUGCUCACGUUCACUUGGGCUCUUGUUAAACUCAGAUUCUAAUUCAGUUCAUCCAGGGCUGGGUCUGAGACUGCAGUUCUGACGAGCUACCAGGUGAUGCUAAUGUUUCUGGUCAGCGGACCAAACUUUGAGUAGCAAGAGUCUAAGUAGAUCUGCCGUGGGUUCUGGGUCCUAGAUGUCCAGAUUCUAAAAUAAAAAUAAUUCUAAAUAUUCUAAAAUAAAUAAUAUAAUAAC